UUUUGUAAAAACUACGGAUUUUAUUUUAUUUAUUUAUUUGUUUUACAGUGUACAGACUGUGAAAGAAAUUGAAAUAACCAUUGGCAUGACAUAUAAAAAUAUUUUAAUAAAGAACUUUAUUAAUAGUCUGCAUAAACAAUAACAGCACAAUAGUGUGAAUAAUUAAUAAAGCCAUGAUAUUAAUAUUAAGUUAAAAGAGUGAUUAGUAGUAAUAUUGUUUACAUAAAAUGAAUGAAUAGAGUUCAUAUGAAAUUUUAAAUAAUUCAUAAUUUUAAUAUUAACCAUAAAUUAGAACAUUAACUAGAUGAAUGAUUAAUAUUGUUCAAAACUGAUCAUUUCCCAAGUUCACACGUCCAUCUAUUCCUUGAAAGCAGUAAAGAGAUAAGGUAAAAACAUUUGACGUGCUGUCUGUAAAGGAAGGGCUCAAGCAUGGGACAUAACGUGAACUAGAACGUCCCCUGGACUACUUAAAGUCCAUUCCAAGUUAAUUUAUAGCAGAGAUUAAAAAUAAAAGUGCAGUUGGGGUGGUGAGGGGUGCUAGAAGGACUGUGCUGUAAUGGACAAAUAGAAAUAGAAAAAAAAAAAAUAUAUAUAUAUAUACUAAACAUAAUAUAUAUACUAAAUAGUACAUAAUAUAAGAAACUAAGUGAUGGCUUUUGAAUGCAUUCUGUUGAACAGAAAAUAAAAAAUCUCCAUGUUCUCAGUCAAAUCCAUAUGAACACUCUUUGCACUAACGGGGGAUGACAACCUCUUUCAGAAUCAUUAAAUGAAUCAAGCAAUCCUUUUUGGGUACAACAGUCUGGUAAGUGUGCAUUUUGGUCACAUUUUAACAAUGUACUAUCAAACUCUAAUCGUAGAAGUACUAAUGCGGCUGCACUCAAAUAUCAGUGCAAGAAGAAUUAAAACUUUUUUCUAUAAGAACCUCUACGGCAAAAAGUGUGGAGGUGGUAAUAUCAGCCUCUUGCAUCAUAUCAACAUUAGUCCUCUGUAAAGUGAAAUCUCAAGAAAGAUUUUAGGAGAAACCUCCCAGACAAAAUCACACACUUGAACACACUUAAACACAAAUCAGAACUCCAUUACGUCUCCAAAGCAGCAAACUUUGAGAAAUAGUUUCCUUUGGGGAGGCUGAAGGAUUAUGUUUCUGUGUGCGCAAUAAAGAGCUGUCGGUUCACAGGAGCUUGAAGACUGCCACAGAUCAUAUCUCUUCAGAGGAGUAUACAGCUGAUAUAUACGAUUCUCGUCUGAGCAAUUAUUCAUUUUCCAUUAUGGAUCAUUUGACAGAGCAUAACUCGACAGCAGAGACUCUGGAAUACCCAGUGUGCUCAGAAUGGAAGGAAAAUCCUGAAGGAUCAAUGUUUCAUCUCGCACACAUAAUGCUAGUUUUAGGAUUUAUGGGAGGCAGCGGCUUUUAUGGAUUACUCUACAUGUUCAGCUUUUUAACGCUCGGGUUUUUCUGCUAUUCGAUGUGGGCAUGGUCCGAUCCCUGCACGACUGACUCGUUUUCAUGGACUUUCGCGCUUUUCGCCUUCUGUCUGGCACAAGUCCUUCAUGUGUCGUACCGAUUGCGCAGAGUUACUUUUGAUAAGGAGUUCCAGGAUCUCUACGAUUAUAUGUUCAAAAAGCUUGGAGUAUCCUUAAUACAUUUUGGAAAAAUCGUGGAGUGUUGUGAGGGCGAUGUCUAUACUAUAGAAAAAGACCACUGCUUCGCCGUGGAGGGCAAAACCUCCAUCGACAAACUGUCAGUUCUUAUCUCAGGCAGGAUACGAGUGACGGUGAACGGGGAGUUUUUGCACUACAUCUAUCCGUUUCAGUUCCUGGACUCUCCAGAGUGGGAUUCCCUCAGACCUUCAGAAGAAGGGGUCUUUCAGGUUACGUUACGUGCAGAUAACCGGUGCAGGUACGUGGCAUGGAGACGAAAGAAACUCUAUCUGCUGUUCGCGCAGCACCGCUACAUCGCUAAGAUCUUCGCGCUGCUGGUGCGCAAUGACAUCGCGGAGAAACUCUUCUCUCUCAACGACAAGGCUUUCGACAUCCGCGGGUUCCGCUAUGAUCUCCGGUUACCGAGCUUCUGUCACGGACCAGAGCCAGAAAUAGAAAACACAAGUGAAUCCCGGCCAGUGCUGGGACCGAGUAAAACCAAACCGGCAGAAAGAGACUCGUGAGAAACGCACGCUCCAAAUCUCUGUAUUCUUAACUGAUGAUAAUUAAUGGUCCUGUUUUUUUUUGCCAUGCAUUGUUUAAUUCUUUUAUAUUAGAUAAGCUUUAAGUUUUCCCCAAACACUUUUGUCUUUGUUUUAUGUAAUUCCAAUGACCCUGAAAUCAGUGUUUUUGUUCAGCCAAGCAACUUUUCAACACGAGAAUCCCAUAAUUGUUCAGAAGAAGUGGUUUUCAGUAUGAUAGCCUACUUGUUAAACUGUCCUUUCUCUGUAGCCUAUAUCUAUAGGCAUAGCCUAUAUUUGUGGAAACGUUUGAAUGAAUGAGAGUUUAACUGUAGCUACUGAAUCAAGCUCUCACAUUAAGACAUGUAGAUAUCCCACAUCACCUACAUGAAAGAGAACAUUACUGUCAGCCUGAAACGUUACCCGGGUCAUUCUUCAUUUGCGGUGGCAAGUGGUGUCCCUCUGCUUUACAACAGUUGAAAUAAACAUUAAAUACCAAUAAAUUAUAAAAUGUUUGCAUGUUUGUAUUCUGUAGGAUAAACACAAUUUGUGCACUAUUAAUAGUUACAUUUUUGUUUUAAAAUACAUUUUUAAUUGAGUUUGAGAAAUUGCAUUUGUAACAAAAUAUGCAUGUUCCCACCAUACCUUAAUUGCAACAAUAUAACUUUUUUUUUAACACAAAUAAAGUGGUUAUAAUGUGAAUAUAGAUUUUAUUUAACAUGUACAAUUUUAUUAAGUUGUUUUAAAAAAUACAUAUUUUGUUAUAUUUAAGAAAAAAAGUUGUGUCCCCCAAAUUCAUGUCUGUGGUGUUACCACAAUGGAUUUGGCCCCUUUAAGAAAAGGGGGAAUGCUAUUUGGACUACUUCCUGUGUGUAAAGGUCACUGCAGGUGCUGGUUGAUCUGAGGGGAAUACAUUCUUAGCUAAGUUUAGCUAAAUUUCUGACAAUUUCAUGUGUCACACUUUAUUAGUGUCUGUGGUGUUAUGUUGAUAACUUGCAAAUUUUACAUAUUUUAAUCAACAUUUUGGUAAAUACAUACUUAUUAAUAUUUCCAAAAUGUCCCCUGAUCUUGAAAUCAUCAUGAUGGCAGCCUCCAUUUUAUAAAAGUCUAGAUGUAUGCCGAUUUGUCUGUGGUGUUACUGUCUUUUCUGGUAACACCACAGAGCCUACAGUAACUUGCAAUAUAAAGUCUGUGGUGUUACUUCAAAAUGACAGAGACAUAAGUGGCUGUGUCACCAGUGUUUGAUUGAAAUUAUUUAAAAAUCAAAAUGUUCUUAAGCUUUCAUUUUAAUGGAUAUAGCAUAUUAAACUAAUUUUAAAUGCAUAGCAAUAUAUUUUGUUAGAAAAAAACAAACAAGCAUUUUUACAAAUUCUGCCUCUCAUUUGCCACCCAGUUGAAGAAUGACCCACCUAUAUUGUCUAUGUGUGUAGUUUGUGUGCUUUACAUAAGAACUAAUUGUUCACAUCAUUUUGAAAAAUCAAUCAACCAAUCUUAUAGAGUCACAGAAUCAAAUGAAGGGGCAUGUCAAUCAUCUCAGACGUGAGGGAGACAUUAUAAGACCAGUUUUUCUGACAGGCUUAGUAAAGUUACAUUUUCUCUCCUCUUUUAUCAAGAUGGUAUUUUUGAAUAUUUGUAUUGUCCUGUGCUUAUUUGUGUUUUGAGUAAACAGAAACCCGUGUUUUUCAACCAUGCAGUUCUCACUUUGGCUAAGCUGUGAGUGUGAUACACGAUUAGGCCUAUCUACAACCUUGUUUACAAAAUCAAAACUUGAACCAGACUUCCCAUCUAAGAGCCUCAACACUGACGUUUAGUGUCAGCAUUUACACACGGGCUAUAGCCUGCAAUUUUGGCUGAUGAUGAAAUAGACAACAUAUUUUCCAGAUGAAAACUGAUCUAAGGGCGCUCUUGCUUAAUUUAUUUUUAGUACAAUUAAGGGUGUGUGGUGGAG